AUGAGGUUUCCUCAACUAGGUGUCCAAAAGGAUCCUCGAUUUAAUAAAGAAGUUGAUAUUAAAACCGGUUAUCGUACCCAUAGUAUAUGUUGUAUGCCAAUUUUGAAUAAAGAUAAUGUUGUUAUUGGUGUAGCACAAAUAAUUAACAAAAAAACGGGUACACAUGAAUUUACAAAUAAAGAUUUAAUUGUAUUUCGAAAUUAUUUAAUAUUUUGUGGUAUUGGUUUAUCAAAUGCACAAUUAUUCGAAUUAUCUAUUCAAGAAUUUAAAAAGAAUCAGAGUAAAUCUUACGCAAUUAUGUCUUUACAAAAUACAAUUAAAUCUAUUACUAGUCUUAAAAAGUUAACAAUAAAUCCAACUCAAAAUAAUGAACAUCAUUCUUCAUCAUCAACAACAUUAAAUUGUCAACAAAUUUCUCAUUAUUCAUUGGAAAAAGAAUUUAAUUAUAAUCAUCGUAAUGAUAAUCAAGAGUAUACGUCAUCUCUAUUGCAUAGACUUAAGUUAUUAGUUACAUUGGCUCGUAAUUUAUUUCGUGAACAAAGUGAUUUAGAACAUUUGAUACGUAAAAUAACUGUUGAAUCACAAGGUCUUUUACAAUGUACGCGAUGUUGUGUAUACAUACUCGAAAGUCCAGCAUCAAAACCAGAGGAAGUUCGGUUUUCGAAAGGUUUCGAUAUGAUCUAUGAACAAGAAUUUAAAGUAACAACUAAUGAUUUUCUUGAUAAUUCUCGAUAUGCUAAAAUAGCAUACCAUGUCGCCACAUCAAUGGAAACAGUCAAUUUGAGUGAUAUUGGAAACGAUGCAACAUUCACAAAUUUACUAACAGCGCAAGGUGAUGAUAAUUUUAUUUUGAAAAAUAUUUUGUGUAUUCCAAUAUUUGAUAAAGAUGGAAAAGUCAUUGGUGUUGCACAAAUGAUGAAUAAAAUAAAUGGACGAGUGUUCACCGAUGAAGAUGUUGCCAUUAUCGAAGCUUUUUCCAUAUUUUGUGGUCUAGGAAUAAAUAAUACUCAAAUGUAUGAAAAUGUUAUGCGUUUAACGUGUAAACAAAAAGUAGCAUUUGAAGUAUUGAGUUAUCAUGUUACUGCAAGUGACGAAGAUCUUUCAAGAAUAACAAGUGUUCAAUUACCAGAUGCAAAUCAAUUACGACUUUACUCAUGGGAUUUUAAUGAUAUGAUAUUAACAGAUGAUGAAACUGUUUUAGCAUCAGUAAGAAUGUUUGCCGAAUUAGAUUUAAUGAAAAAAUUACAAAUUCCACAUGAUACGGGUGGAAUGAAUGUGUGUAUGAAUGAUUUGGAACGUUUAGGUUUAUUAGUCGCUUGUUUAUCACAUGAUUUGGAUCAUAGGGGAACAAAUAAUGCAUUUCAAGCAAAAGUUGAUGCACCAUUAGCCAAACUAUAUUCAACAUCAACAUUAGAACAUCAUCAUUUUGAUCAAUGUAUUAUGAUUGUGAAUAGUGAAGGAAAUAAUAUAUUUCAAUCAUUGUCAGCUGAUGAUUAUAAAACAGUUAUUAAAUAUAUUGAAAGUGCUAUUCUAUCCACAGAUCUUGCACUUUACUUUAGGUAG